AUGGAAGAUGUGAUUCAUCGGUAUGAAGAAGUCGCAGAAUCUGUCAACCAACGAGAAUUCAAGCGCUUUGUCGAAGAGAUUAGACAGAAAUGGCAUCCCCUCCCGCCCGUAGAGGAAUUCUGGGAACCAGGCUACAGGGGCGAAGGCUGGACCGAGGAUGGAGCAUUCGCACGGUGUGUUUAUGCUGAGGCAACGGGCUUCGCCCCAGAUAUCCAACGUGAAGAGCCACUUUGCGAAGCAGAGAAGAAGAAUCAAGUCUUGUUCCGGCCACUGGAUUCCUUGUUAAACGUUAUCAUAAGGGGCCCUCUCUACGAUCCUAAACCAGAGGACAAGAUUUCUAAAGCGCUAUCUGCGCUUCUGUCAGGCCUUCAGAGGCAGGCCACCGAUACGGCGUCCUCAGAACCUAUCUCGCUUGAGUUGCCAAGGGAUUCUCAAAAGCUUCUGCGUAUAACAGACGGCAUUCAAGGGGCGGGCCUACCCUCAGAAACCGCGAACACCUAUCUCGUGAGCGGCAUAGACGGACUUGAGCAAGGACUGCGGCACUCUUUCAACAACAUGUGGAGCGAUGACUGGACGGUAUUCACAUCGUGGGAGCUCGGCUGCUGUACGCAACAUCGACAGAUACACUACGUGCUUUGCCGAGACGCACGCAACGAUGCUGUUCCGAUUGCUUGGAAGGUAUUUGACAACACCGCUGAUCAUCUAGAUGUGUAUGAUAGCCUUGCACAGUUCCUCGAACACCAGACUGUCCACAUCGAGCAGACACCUGGUGGGCACAAGCAGGAGCUUGCCCUAUAUUCUGAUACGUAUCCGACCUAUGCGUGGUACGACUCGUAUUUGUAG